AUGGUUACCCAAGGAGAGCCCCAGGUCCAGUUCAAACUUGUAUCGGUUGGUGACAGUGGUACUGGGAAAACGACCUUCGUGAAACGUCAUUUGACUGGUGAAUUUGAGCAGCGUAUAGCCACCUUAGGUGUUGAGGUUCAUCCCCUAGUAUUCCACACCAACAGAGGACCUAUUAAGUUCCAUGUAUGGGACACAGCCGGCCAGGACAAAUUCGGUGGACUGAGAGAUGGCUAUUAUAACCAAGCCCAGCGUGCCAUCACAAUGUUUGAUGUAACAUCAAGAGUUACUUACAAGAAUGUGUCUACCUGGCAUAGAGAUCAGGUACGAGUGUGUGAAAACAUCUCCAUCAUGUUGUGUGGCAACAAAGUGGAUAUUAAGAACAGGAAAGUGAAGGCAAAAUCCAUUGUCUUCCACCGAAGGAAGAAUCUUCAGUACUACGACAUUUCUGCCAAAAGUAACUACAACUUUGAAAAGCCCUUCCUCUGGCUUGCUAGGAAGCUCAUUGGAGACCCUAACUUGGAAUUUGUUGCCAUGUCUGCUCUCACCCCACCGGAGGUUGUCAUGGACCAGCUUUGGCAGUACAGUAUGAGCACGACUUAG